AUGCGGGUUAGAAUACUCCUGCUAGUUGGCGCGGCGGCCCAGGCUGCGGCGACUGGCUCCAGCUUGAGCGCAACUGAGAUCACAAAGCUGCUCGCUACGACGCCUACUUGUGCGAUGCCAUGCUUCAUCGAUGGAAUUCACACUGGCAAUUGCACCCUCGACGCCUCCUUGACGGACUGUGUGUGCACCAAUAUUCCUCUACAAGCCGGCGUUUCGGCAUGUGUACAACAGGCGUGCGAGUUCGCCGACCAAGUUGUCACUGCCCGCAUCUCGCAGCAAUUAUGUGAAGGCUAUCCUAUUCCAGAGCGAAGACAAACCGCAAAAGUCUUUUCCAUCGGUCUACCCAUCAUCACGACCAUCACCGUAGCCCUCCGAUGUAUAGCCCGGUUACAAGUCACCAAGCAACUGUGGUGGGAUGAUUGGACGGCACUGAUAGCCUUGGCACUUCUGAUAGUCAUGUCUGGCCUCGGCUACGCAAAUUCUACAAUGGGAUUCGGUCUUCACUAUUGGGAUAUCGACCCCGUAAACGGCAAGACGAUUUUGCAGAUUUUUUAUGUGCUGCAAAUGCUAUACAUCUUCAUCCAAGUUUUUGCCAAGGCCUCCAUCGCCUGCUUCUACUCCCGCAUAUUCACCUACCCAUCGUUCCUCCUAGCAGUCAAGCUCUUCGUGGUCUUUCUCAUCACCCACGGCUUCAUGUUUCUACUUCUGCUCGUGUUUCAGUGUCUACCAAUCCAGUCGAUCUGGGAUCGAUCCAUCCAGGGCCGGUGUCUCAACGUCUCCGCUAUCAGCUACGGAGGCGCCGCCUGCAGCAUCCUCGAGGAUCUUGUUUUGAUCAUCAUACCCAUCCCAGCGCUUUUGAAGCUCCAGUUGGGGCAAAAGAAGAGAUGGGCUCUGGUCUUCAUGUUUGCUCUUGGCUCCUUUGCAUGCAUUGCGAGUAUGAUCCGACUGAGAUAUUUGGUGUUCUUUGCCAACACGUUUGACUCUACUUGGGAUAAUGUCGACGUAGUAAUCUGGUCGUCCGUCGAGCUCAACCUAGCCAUCAUCUGCGGCAGCCUUCCAGCAUUAAAGCCUAUUUUCAGGAAAAUGUCCAUCGUCUUCACAACUAUCAAAUCGACCGUGCGAAGCGGCUCACAUCGAAAGAAGUCACAUGGCGAAUCCUCGACGCCAAACAUGAAAUCUAAUGUGUCAAACGCUUCCAGCGUGCCAUCUUCCGCCGCCAACUCUCCGCAAAAGCCUAUCAAGCUCGGAGAGGUUGGGAGCAGUUCAUCGACAUGCGUUAAAGAGGCAAACUAUACCCUAGAGGCAGCCACUGCUCUGGAGAGCAGGGAUGAUUUGGAAAGGCAGGACUGGGCUUAUGGGAAGUAG